AUGGCGCCUGACCCCGUUCACCUCCUGCUUCUGUCUCUCUCUGCAGCAGACAUGGCCUUCCUCCUGCUUUGUCUCCGCCCAUCUCCGGCGCAUCGAGUGGGCAGCCGCCCGCCGACCUGUGUCACGUUCUCGGGCCUGGACACCAGGGGCGGGGGGGCCCGGGGCUGCGCACCUUACCGCGGCUCGCCGGGGCAGGGCGAACCCGCCCACCGUUCAGACGCACGCUCGCCUCGUCGGCUCGGAAGGCCGGCCUCCUCCAACCCGUCCCCCUGCCCUCCCGUCCGCUUGAUCACACCCUGCCCUCCCCCGACCCCCGACACCCAGACCGGCUGCGCCCCCUCGCUGCACGCUCCCCACAGACUCUUGUAA